AUGGCUUAUUUUUCUCAAUUGAAAAAAUCUUCGCUGUUAACUACAUUUUCAAUUCUUUCACAAGAUUAUAAUAAUGAAAAUCCUCAGGCAUUAACUAAUAAUCAUCAUGGUAAUGAAAAUCUUGAUUCUACUAUAGAAAAAUAUGGUCUUAAUGGAGCAUUUCCAAGAACUUUUACAAUAACAACAAUGGAACGUGAAACAAUACCAUCGGAAAGAUGUGUUAUUGAAAAAAAUUCAAUAAUCAUUCAAUCAAAAUGA